AUGUUACUGCAUAUUGUAAAAAGGCCGACAUCCUUUGCACACCUAAGAACUGUACAAGGUGCACAAGAGAAAACAUCAUACGAUCAAACGAGACAUUUACAAAAUAUAGGUCAAGAUGAGCCACGAUUAAACAUCGAUCAGAAAAAAGUAUUCACUGCAUUACUAUCAACAAUUGAUAACAAUGAAGGGAAAUUGUUUUUCCUUGAUGGCCCAGAAGAAACAGGAAAAACAUUUUUAAUCAAUCUGCUUUUAAAAAAAGUGAGAUUUAUCGGAAAAAUUGCGUUAGCUGUUGCGUCAUCCGGCAUUGCCGCUACGCUUUUGGAAGGAGGCCGAACCGCACACUCCGCAUUCAACCUCCCGCUGAAAAUCCCCACCGAUGAUAAUUACAGCGUCUGUAGUGUUUCUAAACAGAGCAAUACAGGAAAAUUAAUGCGUGACUGCUCAUUAAUAGUCUGGAAUGAAGCUACCAUGUCAAACAAGACGGUGGAAGCACUGGAUAGGACAAUGCGCGAUUUGCGCAACAAAAAUUCACCUAUGGGUGGAUGUACAAUUCUGUUCUCAGGAGAUUUCCGUCAAAACCUACCAGUUGUGACUCGAGGAACACGUGCUGACGAAAUAAAUACUUGCCUAAAAAGAUCCAACCUUUGGCCACAUGUCGAUAAAUUAGAGCUUAAAACUAAUAUGAGGGUUUCGUCAUCUUCACGUGAGAAUAGGCUAUUUCCAGAGAUGCUGCUAAAAGUUGGCAAUGGAGAGAUAACACACCUUAGCACCUUUGCGUUUUGA